CACCAGGCAUGAUCUUGGGUGAGCGCCAGAUUGUGUCGCAAAGCCAAUACGCCGCCAUAUGAUUGAUUUACGCUGCUUCCGUUACGCAGCGCCUGUACACUAACUUCAGAAUUCACCUCCUAAUCUUGUCUGUUCCAUCGUCUUCGUUGUCGGCCCGACAGGGUGUCGAAGCACCCUUCGCCACGAUGCGCUCGCCGGAAGACCAUCCGAUGACUAGCGCUACUCCCCCGUCGGCGGCCUUGAAACGAAAGCAGUUGCCAGACGAAGCCGAUACGGGACGUGCGACCAAGCACCGCGCAGCCCAGGCAUGUCAGUAUUGUCGCAUCAGAAAGGUCCGCUGCGACGUCCUCCUCGUUGGUGCUAGCUGUACAAACUGCCGGCUCGACAGCAGGGAAUGCGUUGUGUUGGCCUCCAGGAGAGGCAGAGUUGAUGGCGAUCAGAAGAGAAGCACAACCGAGAUCCUCAAGUCUCCUGUGUCGCAAUGGUCCGUCCGGACAAGCGACUCGACCUCAAGUGCCCCGAGAGAGGGCAACAGGUCGAGCCAUGGUACGAUGCCGACGCCGACGCCGACGCCGAGGGAGCAAACGGGAGCUUGUGAUGUCCCGGUGUGUGUCACGUUUGCUGAAAACGACGAGCACGACUAUAGCACGACUGAUCACACGAACUCUCGCACUCACGAUGGCACCAGACUUGACUCCCACUCGGCUAUCUCAAACCCGGUACAGACUCAUCAAAGUCCAGCGGGAAUGGCGCCGCUUCCUGCCUUCUUUACUCCGCUGCCCACCCGCAUACCAAGAGAAGAUCUGGAUUUUCUGGUAAUGAAAGGGGCAUUCACGGUGCCUGAAGCAGAACUGCGGGCUGAGAUUCUCCGCGGCUACAUAUUCUCAGUACAUCCAUUCAUGCCCCUACUCGACCUUAAGCCGUUCGUCGAGGCGGUUUUGGACGAGCGGACCGACAAUCCCAUCAGCCUCCUGCUGUUCCAAGCCGUCAUGUUUGCCGGACUGAGCUCCCUCGAGUCGCAUUUCGUCAUUCGCCUGGGCUUUGUCUCGGCCAAACAAGCCCGCGCCGUCUUCUAUACUCGCGUCAAACUCCUCUACGAAUUCGAUGUCGAACCGGACCGCACAGCUGUGUGCCAAUCAUUGCUGCUGAUGAGUUCGUGGUACAGCCAGUGGAACGAAGGGAGGGACACUUGGCACUGGACUGCGCAGGCUCUCUUGGCUGCCCGAAACAUGGGCCUCCAUCGUGAGCCGACGAGAGCGUGUGGCUCAGACCGCCAACGACGCUUCCGCAGGAGACUUUGGUGGAGCUUGUACAUCCGCGAUCGGAUGAUUGCCCUUGGAACUCGCCGACCGAUGCAGGUGCGAGACACCGACUUCGACGUGACGAUGCUCACCUUGGCCGACUUCGACCUCGAGCCACUGGAUGACUCGAUCAAUGGGCGUCGUCUGACUCCAGACGCGAAAGAAAAUCAAUGUACCGCGCUCAUGUGUAUCGAGCUUGCGAAACUCUGUGUCUGCAUCGGACACGUGCUGUCGUCCCAGUAUACCACGCUCAGCACUCACCCUGAUGUUCCACACACGAUGAUGGUAGUACCCAGGCGCGAUGGGCAACGCAUCGGCGAAUUGGAAAGGUUUGACAAGGAGAUCAACGACUGGCUUCGGUCACUCAGUUCGAAUAUACGUGGACUUGCCUCGUCAACAGUAGAGGAUGGCUCGCACAGCUGCUCUGAAGUGCACUGGGCCAUGCUGAACAUGACUCACCUGACGUUGGUCAAUGUCCUGCAUCGCACGCAAGCGUUACAGACCUUGUCAGACACGGCGGAUGCCCAUGCCGUGCAGAGAGCGUCCCGGUCCAAGGUCAAAGACGCGGCACGCAACGUCACCAGGAUUGCGUAUGGAAUGCUGCGUCGCGAUCAAUUCCGUUUCCUGGGGCUCAAUGGGAUCACGGCACUCCUGGCGGCAUGUCUAUCUCACAUGGUGGACAUCCGCUCGGGCAACGAAGAUGUACGUGAUGCCAAUAUCUUCCGCUUCAACCAGAGCAUGCAGGUCUUGCAGGCGAUGAGGUCCAUGUACGCCACCGCCGACGCUGCGGUGUGUUUCCUCGCGUCCGUGAUUCGGAACGCCGGCAUCUCUGUGCAGCCACAGAUCGCCAUGCCCGCGCAGGACUUCAUGUCCGCGUCGAUUGAAGGUCUCGGCCAGGCCACGACGACUGGCAAACAGAGCUCUGACUGGAGCGAUCCCCCUGCCAACCACGAUAGGAGGAGUGCCGUGUCACGCGGGCAUUCCGACGCAGGGGGCUCAUACUCUGCCCGGAUUCCUCCACCACCAACGCCCCUGCUAGAUCCCGAUCGACAUGUCUUGCCUGUGCGGAGCGAGAUGCGUCCAGCCCUGAUGACAGCACGAGUUAAUGCUUUUACGGACGCGUUUCCUGCUUCUUCCUACGCAUCGACCUCCAGCCACGGCUUCAUCAAUACAGCGGAAGGUGGCCCAAUGAGGGACGAGAGCCUCUUCCACUUUGUCGAUCGACCGCCUAGGAACCUCUCGAGCUCGGCUGCCAACAAGCUUUUCAUGGGGUGCAACAGCAGCCUUGACUUUGCCAUGGAUUUUGAUCCUAUCGCGAUCGACGAUGAUUUUCAGUCGGAGACUUUCGGCUUCUUGGACAGCCAGUUCCAAGGGAUCUAAACGUCCCAUGACCACAUCACAUCUUUGACCUAGUUCCAUAUGGAAUGACAGGACAAGGUCUGGGAGCCGUUCUCCCAUGGAAGAAUCUCUCUAGGACUAAAACUCACCCGUUAUGGAGACGUUGACUUGGAAGCGAGUUCAGAAAGACGUGGUGAAAUACGUCACGAACUAGGAUUUCUGAUAUCUGCCACAAAGCACAAUAUAAACUAGAGGAUGGACUAUGGACUGCUUCAGACACC